CCGGAAUCCGCUUUUUUGACCUCGAACACAAUUAUAGGUAUCUCGCCGGGCCAUGCAGCGUCUUCGGAUAUACAUCUCCAUGAUGCGAAGCGCCUGGAUGCUGGUGGGCGCCCGCUCUGAUAUAAAAGGCCUCUCGCUUCAGUGGAAUGCAUCACCACUCGACACCUUGAUAUCUCUGUGGCAAACCUAUCUUGAAUCAACACUGUAGCUUGCUAUGGGACCCGAGCGAACGCAGAGGGGGCAUAUUUCCUACUUGAUUUCAGAAGGUCAACGCGGUCGCAAUCCCGGUCCCUCAAAGGAGCUCAAGAAACUGCGGGAAUGGGGCGAUCUAAGCCACAUCGCCGAUCAGAGAAACUUGCGCGCCGCGACCUCCGGAUCCGCUGACCAAUUCGCUCCCAUCUACUUAGCACCGUUCUAUGAAACCCAUUGCGCACUCGCCAGUCCGAGCAAGAUAAUCCUCCUCAUCCAAACUUCCGGCAGGCAGAGGCCCUACAGCAUCGUGGUGGAACAGCUCAAAUACGACCCCACCUUCACUUCAUCCCGCAUCAACGCAGCCAACCUCGUUUCUCUCGAGAUCAGAGGCGGCACUACGAACAUCGACGCCAGAACUCGCGAGCAGCUCAUUCUACUGCUCCGGGUCAUGCACCCAACAAGGCUGAUCAGCUUUCACCUUCACGUACCCGGAAGGCCAGCCCCGGGGCAGGAGGGAACGGUCUACAAGUUCCUUCGACGCGCGAUGAACACGCUCACGCACCUUUGCCUUGAGCUUACCUUCAGCGAUAGCAAGGGACUGCAGGCAUAUCUUAGCUCCUCGGCGGCGGCGGGUUUGGUAUGCUUGGAGCUCAAGACGAACAUCACCCUGCAGAACCCUAUCAAUCACGCCCUGCAAAGCAAGAACUCGACUAGACUGCCGAGCCUGCGCCUUCUUUGCUUGAACAUGGACGCCGAGAAGGUCAACUUGACGACCCUCCUGCAGGCUCUAAAGAAGCGCUACAACGGCGGCCUCAAGCACGCUCUCCGCGUCGAACUCAACUUCCUCCCUAGCACGGAAGAGCGUGAGGAAGGCCGGGCCAUCAACGUCACCUUUGACGGGCCCGUUACCUCGCGUUGUUCGACUUUCGCUUGAUUCGUGGAUUUCCUGCUCCCUCUCAUUGUAUGUUAUCAGGUCUACAAGCAGUGUAUCCUACAAACCGAACGUCGUAGUUAAUCGCUCC